AAAAAGAACCACGUGACCCAGCUGUCAAACAUGGCCUCUUACCUACUGGGUGUUCGAGGAGCGGCAGCUGAUAAAGGAGAUAAUUCUGUUAGUAAAGCACGGUGCUAAUUCAUCUCACGGCUCGCAUUGGCUCAGAUGGGGUAGGUACUCUUGACUUUGUUGAUUUCCACAUCAAGCAGAAACUAUCUGCCAAAUGAUGAAGAGCAACCUAGAAAAGAAGUGAUAAGAGUCCAUCACUGUUGCUGACCACCUCCUGUGAGCUCCCGUAUUACGACCAUGCAGGUUAACCCAGUGCUCGUGGAGUCUGCCGUGGUUCUGACUGUGGUGCUGUGUGUCCACAUGGUGGUCUGGAACCAGCACUCCUGGUGUAGCGUCGCCCUCGUCAUUCAGGCUUUCUACGUCCAGCACAAAUGGGACCAUUUGCUGAGAUCUGGGGCGGCUGUGUUCCAGUUCCGUCCGUCGGCAAACAGCGGCAUCGUCCCCGCAUCCAUGGUGAUGCCUUUGUUGGGCCUGGUGCUGAAAGAGAAGUGCUCCGCCUCAGGGAAUGUCUACCUCGAGCGCUUCUCCAUGGUGAUUACCAUCACAGGCAUGAUGCUGGCUAUGUUCCUCUCCCUGAUCGCUCUGGGCAUCACAAGACCUCGGCCCAUCAACACUUGUGUGAUUGCGGGACUGGCUGGCAGCGCCAUCCUCUACACAACCAAGCAAACGCUGACCGUGUCCGAGGUCAUUGAGGUCUUAGAGGUACUUUUGAUUUUUGUUUAUCUUAGCUUGAUUGUACUUUACCUGCUGCCACGCUGCUUCACACCUGGAGAGGCCCUCCUCAUCGUUGGUGGUAUCAGUUUCAUCGUGAACCAGCUCAUCAAACGCUCCCUGAACCUGUCCGAGGUCAAAGGAGAUCCGGUCAACUACUUCCUGCCUGUGGUAGUGAUCGGCUCCCUGCUGCUGGGUGUCUUCUUUGCUCUGCUCUUCUGCUUUAUGGAGUCUGAAACUUGGGUCUCCUCUUUUUUCUUUCAUAUAAUGACAGCUGUUCUGGUUCUGGGGAUCCUGCUGCCGUGGUUGUCCUUGUUCAUCGGCAGGCACCCGAUCAUGUGGCUGCUGGACUUUAUCACGUUAAAUGACAAAAGACUCUGCCUCCUGGGGUACUGGGCCCUUCUGGCUGUUGUGGCCACUGGUGUCGUGUUGCAUCAGAACUAUCAGCGCCAGUCGGGAUCCAAGAAGCACCAGGCCUCCACUAUUGUCAGGAAGUAUUUCCAUCUGAUUGUAGUGGCCACGUACGUUCCUGGGCUCAUGUAUGACAGGCAGCUGCUCCACGUGUCGUCUGUGGGUUGCUUGGCGGUCUUCUUGUUCUUGGAGUAUGUGCGAUACUUCCGGAUCAGGCCUCUGGGACAGCUGCUCAGGCAGCUGCUCACCUUGUUCCUGGAUGAGCGAGACUCUGGGCCCCUCAUCCUCACCCACAUUUACCUUCUGCUGGGCAUGUCUCUGCCCAUGUGGCUGUUUCCUGGACCCUGUGCUCCAAAGGGGAUGCUCUCUGGGGCAGCUGGUCUGGUGCCCUACGCAGGCGUGCUGGCUGUGGGAGUUGGCGACACUGUGGCGUCUGUGUUCGGCAGCACCAUGGGGGAGAUCCGCUGGCCCGGGACUAGAAAAACCUUGGAGGGGACGGCGACAUCUGUGUUUGCCCAGAUCAUCGCUGUUGCGUUGUUCCUCAUCUUUGACGGAAGCAUCAAUCUAAACUCGAGCUACUCGUGGAUUUUUGGCUCCAUCAGCCUGGUGGCGCUACUGGAAGCCUACACCACUCAAAUAGACAACCUUCUGCUCCCUCUUUACCUUUUUAUCUUGCUGCUGCUUUGAAUAAACGGACCUAAACGCCAGAUGACCUGUAAAGGUGGUUGGGAUAACGGCUCUAAUCACAAAACGAACAAAAUCCACACUAAAGAGGCGAGAAGGAACCGUUUUGAGAGAUUUGACUGAUUUAAAAAGAAAAAUCCCACUAAACAGCAAAGAACCACACAACCGCUGCAGUGAGACACUUUAAAGCGAGUUUUGAAGAAUCGCGAGUUAGAGUUGCUAAAUAUUCCUGCACUCAGUGACGGCAGUGGUGUGGCUUUCUGGCCUCUGCCGCCGACACCGGCAGCUUUUAAAUUAUGCAACGGAGAUUCCGCUUGGCAACGUGAAACGUCCAACAAACACACAGAAUUCUGGAAUUGGGGGUUUUGAUUCAGUAUUUUCUUGCAUAUUUAUUAAUUUUUUUGCUAACAAAACAUGCCCAUGUACUGCCUCUGUGAAGAACAGUAAUAAAAGUUUAGUCUUAGUCAACUUUUUCAUUCACAUCUCCAACUUUUGCCUCUCUGAAGGCAAAAUGAAGGAGAUCACACUUAAUAUUUGCCUUAAAAGCAUCUCUGUCCCUUAUUUAUUACCGAAGCCGUAGAUUAAAUUAGCAUGGCGGUCCCGCUCAACUCUUCUCUACAAGGGCUGACUCUCUUUUUGCUCUUGCAUGGCACAGAUGUUAAAUCCAGUACUGUAACGUGUGCCGGCAGGUACCCCAGAGUGUACUUGUGGUUCACACAUUUACUUUGCGGAGUAUUUUUGUGCUUUAUUGGAACGUCUGAACAAAUGUGUAUAUUUCUAUGUAAAACUGAGCCUAGAUGGGCUUUGGGCCAAACCAAUAAACAAAGGCCUUCUGUUUUUGGACAAAUGUUUCCUUAUUUAUUACUUAAAAUAAUUUCCAAGAUCUUGAAAUGGUUUUUAGGUUUGAUCUCAUUAUUAAGAGAUGAAAAUGCUAUUUAAAAAAAUCAUAAACUUGAUUUAAGCUUUGGUUUGUUUUUGAUGUUCGAUUUUUUUUCUUAAUGUGACCAUUUAUGAGCAUGAUUGUUUUUUUUUUCAUCAUUGGUUUUAAAUACUGUAACACUGCAUGUUGUGCUUCAAAGACGAAAAAAGCCUGUAGCGGCACCCAUGUGACUCAUUAAAUAAUUAAAAAGACACAAACAUGAA